AUGAGGAUCUGGCGUCUGGCAGGAGUGAAGGAUAAUCUGCAUUCCCACUUUCAGCUCAAAGAUCUGGGCACAUUGAAUUAUUUUUUGGGAUUGGAGAUUGCUCGUUCUACUCAAGGUAUCUCGGUUUGUCAGCGUAAAUAUACUCUGGAACUUUUGGAAGAGUUUGGUAUGCUCGGUUGCAAACCUCUCGCCACGCCCAUGGAGUUUCAUCAGAAGCUGAGUCAAGAAUCUGGAGAUGUUCUCCCUGAUCCAUCUCAUUAUCGGGCCUUGAUUGGUAAACUGAUAUACUUGUCGAUUACUCGUCCGGAUAUCAGUUUUUCUGUGACAAAGUUGAGCCAAUACAUGUCUCAGCCACGUACGACGCAUCUUCAAGCUGCUUAUCGGGUGUUACGUUACUUAAAGACUGAUCCUGGACAAGGGCUUCUAUACUCGUCUUCCUCGGAUACUAAUCUUCGGGGUUACUCAGAUGCGGACUGGGCUUCUUGCCCGGAUUCGCGUCGUUCGGUUACUGGUUUCUGCAUUUUUCUUGGGAAUUCCUUGGUGUCUUGGAAAUCAAAGAAGCAACAAACCAUUUCCCGGAGUUCGGCGGAAUCGGAAUACAGGGCUAUGGCUCAAACUACUUGUGAACUUGUUUGGAUCGAUACUCUGCUUCAUGAGCUGCGUAUCAUCUCUUCUCGCCCUAUUCCGUUAUUCUGGGAGAACCAAUCUGCUGUUCAUAUCUCAAACAACCCGGUUUUCCAUGAACGAACGAAACAUAUCGAACUCGAUUGUCAUUUCGUUCGUGAUCGGUUUAAGUCGGGAUUUCUCAAGCCCCUGCAUGUUCCUUCUCGGGACCAAAUUGCUGAUCUUCUAACGAAGCCUGUCUCUAUCGAAGCAUUCCAGAGAUUAUUAUCCAAGAUGGGUGUUCACUCCAUGUACACUCCAUCUUGA